UUUUUAAAAGGGCCUGAGAGCGCGCGCGCACGCAUGGUACAGAGGCCGGCUGCAGUUCGCCUUCGCUGAAGAAGAAGAAGAGGAGGAGGAGGAGGAACCAAAAAGAUGAGCAGCAGCUCAGAGGAAGCCGUGGUGCUGGUCGCCGCUGCGAGGACGCCGGUUGGAUCCUUCAAUGGCGCCUUGUCCGCUUUGCAUGCCCAUGAGCUGGCCUCUGUAGCAAUUAAGGAAUCCUUGCAGAGGGCAAACAUCAAUCCUGAAGAAGUGUCUGAGGUUAUAUUUGGGCAUGUCUUGGCUGCAGGUGCUGGUCAGAAUCCUGCUCGACAAGCCAGUGUUGCUGCAGGGAUUCCGCAUAAGGUACCAGCUUGGAGUUGCCAGAUGAUAUGUGGUUCAGGCCUAAAGGCGGUGUGCCUGGGAGCCCAGUCCAUUAUGACAGGAGAUUCUAGUAUUGUCGUGGCUGGAGGCAUGGAAAGCAUGAGCAAGGCACCACAUAUCAUUCAUAUGCGUACUGGGGUAAAGAUGGGUGAAACAUCUUUGCAGGACAGCAUAAUCCUAGAUGGUUUGACAGAUGCCUUCUAUCAUUACCACAUGGGCAUAACUGCUGAAAAUGUGGCCAAACAAUGGCAUGUCAGUCGAGAGGAACAAGACCAAGUGGCUGUAAAGUCACAGAAUAUGGCUGAAAAUGCCCAGAAGGCUGGUUAUUUUGAUAAAGAGAUUGUACCUGUUGUUGUGCCUUCAAGGAAAGGUCCUGUGGAAGUUAAAGCAGAUGAGUAUCCUCGCCAUGGUAGCAACUUAGAAGCAAUGGGAAAGUUAAGGCCAUACUUUAUAACUGAUGGGACAGGAACUGUAACUGCAGGGAAUGCCUCAGGUAUAAAUGAUGGUGCUGCAGCUGUAAUUCUCAUGAAGAAAGCAGAAGCUGUUAAACGAGGUUUGUCUCCUUUGGCAAAGAUUGUCUCUUGGGCUCAAGUUGGUGUAGAUCCUUCUAUAAUGGGGAUAGCACCUGCCCCAGCGAUAAAGAAAGCUGUUGAAAAAGCUGGUUGGACAGUGGAUGAAGUAGAUUUGUAUGAAAUUAAUGAAGCCUUUGCUUCCCUCAGUGUUGCAAUAACAAAGGAGCUAAAACUGAACCCUGAAAAGAUUAACAUCCAAGGUGGGGCUGUUGCCCUUGGCCAUCCUCUUGGGGCAUCAGGUUGUCGAAUCCUUGUUACACUUCUGCAUGCGCUUGAACGAACAGGUGGAAAACGGGGCGUUGCUGCAUUAUGUAUAGGAGGGGGAAUGGGUAUAGCUAUGUGUGUUGAGAGAUAGGGUGCUUAUUUCUGUAUUAAUUUGUUGCAUUGAUUGCCACUUUCAGAUUUUUUUAAUUUAAUAGUUAUAACAAUUACUACUGGUGCCAGUCUCAAUUGCAACUUAAAAAAAAAAAAAAGCACUGGAACUUGUCCGAAGAAAAUAUUUUUGUCUCUUUCCCCUUUAAAUUUCUCUCACCCAGGCAGGAUAUAUUUACUAUAAAUAUAAAUGCCUCUGACAUGAUAGUCAAUUGUAGCAUCUGUCUUUGUUUUUACUCCUCCUAGUAGGAACAACCACCACUGCUUUUAUGUAUGCAUGUGCACAUUGGGAACAUUUGAUAUGCUUAUAAAUGCUAUUAAAACACUGAAAUGAG